AUGGCUCAGGCCUUCUACAGUCCAUAUGAGAAGACAAGGAAAACACGUGCCAGUCGGCCCAAAGUGCGUACCGGUUGCAUGACUUGCAAACAAUUUCACAAGAAAUGUGAUGAAGGCCGCCCAGUAUGUCUAGUUUGUACCAGCUACAACCGAAAAUGCGAGUACCGUGUGACCGUCGACCGUCGAACUCGGGCCUCGCGUCUGGCUAAGGAUGUGAGGCCUGAAGGCGCAGUAGCGUUAGUUUGCCAGGUGCCCACGCACCAAGUGGACCUCACCAACCAGGAACGAUAUUUCCUGGACUUUUUUCGACAGAGUACCUCAUUGCAAUGCGCAGGCUACUUCUACGAUGAAUUCUGGCAACGAUUGGUUCACCAGGCCAGCGAAGACCAACCCGCCAUCCGGCAUGCUGUCAUUGGGAUGGGUUCUAUGAAUUAUCACUUCGUCCGAUCAAGGGAUGGUCCUAGCCCCUACGAUCAGACAUUUUCUCUGCGACAAAUCAAUAAAGCGAUUCAUGCUUUACAACGCAAUCUAAUUGAAGAGAGAAUGGCCCGUCCACGAGUCGAAACUGUCUUGGUCGCUUGUGUCGUGCUGGUCUCAACACUACUUUUCCAAGAAGAUGCUGUCUCAGCCGGUACACAUCUCCGCUCUGGUUAUAAACUGUUGGAAGAAUACUUAGCGGGAAAUAACAACAGUGAUGUCGCUGCGACGCUCACUAGGGCCUUUGCCAAUGUUCAUAUGGUCUGGUCCUCCUUCAAUAGCAAUGGGGCCCUCACUGGUGACCAGCCGCCGAUCCCUCUGUUGAUUCCACCGCAGCCAGAUGCCACCGACGAAAUACAGAGAGCCAAUGAUUCAAUUGUCACGCUGGUGCGGUUACUUUCAUAUCAAAACAAUUAUCACAGAACCCGAUUGGGUAGCCCGGGAGCCGAAUUAGACGGAGCUGAUUUCGUGGGAAGUCUUCUAAAGCUUCAAGGCCAGCUACAAGCAUACCGAGGUAUUCAUAAACAUCAUUUAGUUCAACGAGACCUGACUGCAUUAACCAUCCUUGAACUGUGGGCCGAACUUCUUCCUAUUCUAGCGAUGGUUGAGAUUGGGCCAGGUCCAAGAGAGAUGCAAUAUGACAAGUUCUUGAAGCACUUCCAGAGGGUCUUUCAGCUUGCCGAAUCGGUCUUAAUGUGCGACAACAUCGAUACACCCACAUUCUCGGUCAACUUGGGGGUCAUCCCACCCCUGUGUCUUCUCGCUCUCAAAUGUCGCGACCCGAUUGUUCGACAAGAGACGCUCUCCCUCCUCGGCCGUUCCCGCCGACAAGAAGGAAUCUGGUCAACAAGUUUGAUAGCCUUCGCGCUACAGCGAGUUUACGACAUUGAAUGUGCGGGCCUUUGGCCUGGAGAUCCGAUCCCACAUACAUCUCGCAUCAGAGCCAUGCAUGUUGAAGUGAGUCCCGCUGAAUCUCGGUUAUUCAUCCAGUAUCACAUGGCGAGGGCGUGCCAGGGAGACGAUUGCAGACACCGUGAAUCGUGGCAAAGCGAAUGGUUGUCAUAUAAAUCCAGUCAUUCGUAA